AUGAACCCCGGGAAAGUUUCAACACAUCAGUUGAUAGAUCUAGCCCCCUAUUGGGAUAACAGAAUGAAAGCUUGUUUUGGCUAUGUACCACUCACGAUCUUUGUUCCGGCAUGGCUUCUAGCGGACAAGAAUCAUAUGUCAAACCGGAGAAAGCAAAGUUUGUCAUGCUCAGACGUGAUAGCGUACGUGGGAUUGAGGGUACCUAGCAAGUGGAGACAUAGUUUUUUGAUAUGGUCGACAUUUUUUCAUCUAUACGUGAAAUAUUGGCGAUUGAAAUAUCAACAAGAAGAAAUAGCCAAUACGCCAAGUGGAAGACAUCAAGUGCAACCUCAGAACGGUCAGUUCUUUGGUGAAGCAAAUCAUCAUUAUGGUUAUCAUCAUCAAGAUAAUGCAGAAGCGAGUGGAAGUGUAGGAUACCAUCAAAGUAAUAGAGGAAGAGGAAAGCAAGGUAGAGGAAUGGGGAGAGGAACCAGUAGUAGAGGAGGAAGCAUACGGGGUGGAUCACAUUCAGGCCCCACGACCAUUGUAAACGGGGUGAUGGUGACAAAGUUUGGUCCAGGAGCCUUUGAAGCGGUAAAGGCGGCAAGACAAGCCAGUGUGAACGGAAAGAAUGCAGGGACACAAAAGUUGUCUGCUGGGAAAGAUCAAUAUCAGAUGUGA